ACCCAUCCCCACGGAGGGCCUGGCCGAGGGGGAGCGGAGGCGAGGGGGGCUCUCCCUCGCAGGUGGCGACGCGUGGGGCGGUGCGCGCCACGCGCUCGUUUCGCAGAGGAGCCCUCCUCCGGUAACGGCGGCUUACAUCUGCCUGCGUGGAUGCGUGCUAGUGCCUGACGGGCAGCUGUGCUCGCGGGGGGGUUUCCAUCCCCUGUGAGGCAGCGAGGCUCUGGGAACAGGUAGAGUCGCCACGUGAAGUUACAUUUGUAGGAAGCUGAAGGACUUUUUUGUCAUCAUCUGUUCUGCCUGUCCAUCUACACUCCUCUGACAAGAUGGUAUUUCGGAAACCACCAGAUGGUGGCUGGGGCUGGGUGAUUGUUGUCGUUUCCUUCUUUACUCAGUUCUUGUGUUACGGAUCACCGCUGGCGGUGGGAGUCUUGUACUUAGAAUGGCUGGAUGCGUUUGGAGAAGGGAAAGGCAAGACUGCUUGGGUUGGAUCACUAGCAAAUGGAAUCGGAUUGCUUGCCAGUCCUGUCUGCAGUAUAUGUGUAUCAUCUUUUGGAGCAAGACCAGUAGCAAUCUUCAGUGGCUUUAUGGUGGCCGGGGGCCUCAUGAUGAGCAGUUUUGCACCUAACAUAUACUUUCUAUAUAUUUCGUAUGGGAUUGUUGUUGGGCUUGGAUGUGGGCUUUUGUAUACUGCCACAGUUACCAUCACUUGCCACUAUUUUGACAAACGCAGAGGCCUUGCACUUGGUCUGAUUUCAACAGGCUCAAGUGUUGGACUCUUUAUAUAUGCAGCAUUGCAAAGAGAGCUUAUUGAUCUAUAUGGACUGGAUGGUUGUCUGCUAAUAGUUGGUGCACUGUCUCUAAAUAUACUAGCAUGUGGCAGCCUAAUGAGACCACUGGAGUCGUCUGAUUCCCCUCCACCAGAAAAGAUGUGUGUAGACAAAGUCCCAGAUCAAUAUUUUGUUUACCAUGAAAAAGAAAAGACUGUUGAAGAAAAUAUAAGCAUCCUUGAAAAGGGCUAUGUUGAAGAAAAAUGUGCAAACAGUAUGCCUGACUACAAACAGGAUAGCAUUUUAAAUAAGAAUGUAUUAAGCUCAAUAAAUGUAAAUGAGAAAGACACUUAUAAAAAGAAAGUUGUAGAACAGACAAACUUCUGCAAGCAACUCGCCAAAAGGAAGUGGCAGCUCUAUUUGAACUACUGGGAGGAAACCAUGGUUCUUUUUAAGAACAAAGUAUUUUCAGCUCUCUUUGUUGCCAUUUUGCUCUUUGAUAUUGGUGGAUUUCCUCCUUCGCUGCUCAUGGAAGAUGUAGCAAGAAGUGCAAACAUCAAUGAAGAUGACUAUUAUAUGCCCCUUAUUUCCAUUAUAGGCAUUAUGACUGCUGUUGGCAAACUUACUUUAGGAAUAUUGGCAGAUUUUAAGUGGGUUAACACUUUAUAUCUGUAUGUAACAACCUUACUAAUGACAGGAGUGGCCUUGUUUGCAAUUCCAUUUGCCAGAAGUUACCUUACAUUAGCGAUGCUUUCUGGGAUUUUGGGUUUUCUAACUGGGAACUGGUCGAUUUUUCCAUAUGUAACAACAAAGACUGUGGGAAUUGAGAAACUGACUCACGCAUACGGGAUACUGAUGUUCUUUGCUGGACUUGGAAAUAGCCUUGGACCACCAAUUGUAGGUUGGUUUUAUGACUGGACGCAGGAGUAUGACACUGCAUUCUAUUUCAGUGGCUUUUGUGUCUUACUGGGUGGAUUUCUUCUGCUGUUGGCAGCGUUACCCUGCUGGAAUGCCUGUACCAAUCAGAGCUCAAAGCUGCCUCCAAAUACUUACUCCUACAAAGUUGCAUCUAGCGCUUAGGUGACAACUGGAAAACACUUUGUGCUUUUUUAUAUUAUAUAGCAAAGUAUUUUAGUAAUUUUCCACUUAUUUAUGAAGCCCCAAAAUCCUUUUCCACUAGAAAAAUUCCAUCAUUACUUGUUGUUCAGUUCCUUUUUCUUCUUUUAUUUCUGUUUUAAGUAUAGUCUUAUUUUGUCUACUAUGCACUGUGUUUUCAGCUUUUGUCUACUGUAAUUUCCUUUCACCCUGUAAGGGGUAUAUUCUGCUGUAUUAUCAGCUGUAUUUUUCUUUUUUUUUUUUUUUUUACGGGGGUUGGUGCAGAGGGGUGAAAACAUUGAAGCAAAAAUGAAGGCCUGUUCCUUGUAGGAGAAGGCUGGCAUUUCUGUCACCUUUUAUAGGUCUCCAAGCUGCACAAUCAGACUUUAAAAAACAAAAAUUUGCCUUAUUAAAAUGUAAUACUGUGGCAAGGUGCUUAUAACAUCAUGCUUAGAUUAACUUUUUGUCUUUUUAAAGUUUUUCCAAUUUACAAUGAAGUGCCAACUGGGGGAGGGAGAAGAGGGGGAAAAACCCAACCUGAUGUUGCAUAACUGAAGUGAACUUCAUGAUGAAAGUAAAGAUUCUUACUACCACUGCAACUAAGAAUUAUGUUUAUAAAUAUUGCACAUUUUGUGAAGUCUGUUUAUAAAACUGUUGAACCAAAACCUUUUAAACCAAGGAAUAAAUACGAUUGUUGAAACCAUGAAAAGAAA